AAUCGUCAUCAAAUAACACAAAAUGGUGGCAAGGAUAGCGAUAUCAAGGAUACCUAUAGCAGGUAUAAGGCUGUCCGAGCCUUACUUUGCAAAAACACAAUGCUUCAUACUCGCCCGAUCACAUCAACAACGAUUCUCCACCUUGCAACCUCUUCGGAACAAUGCUCCACCAAAACCUUCUUUGAGCACAAGACAAAGCCUACAAGCACAAAUGGAAGCACAGCGGGCUGAAACAUACAAGAAGAGAAAUCAAUCACUGCUAAUGUAUACAGCAGCUGCAUUUAUCGUCGGAGUAGGAGUUACAUAUGCUGCCGUUCCACUCUAUCGAGCUUUCUGUUCGGCAACCGGAUUUAGUGGAACACCGAUGGUAGGAUUAGGACGAUUCAGUCCGGAUAAGCUGUUCCCGCAAUAUUUUGAUCCUGCAACAAGGAGUGCUACUAAACGAAUCCGAGUCACUUUCAAUGCCGAUCAUAGCGACGCAUUGCCCUGGACGUUCAAGCCAAGUCAAGAUGAAAUUUUCAUUUUACCAGGAGAAACUGCAUUAGCAUUCUAUAAAGCAAAGAACAAAGGUGAUAAAGAUAUCACUGGGAUUGCAACCUACAACGUAGCUCCUGAUCGAAUCGCACCUUAUUUCGCAAAGAUUGAAUGUUUUUGUUUUGAAGAACAAAGAUUAUUGGCAAAUGAGGAUGUCGAUCUACCAGUCUUUUUCUUCAUCGAUAAAGAUGUCCUUGAUGAUCCAGCCGUACGUGAUGUCAAGGAUGUGGUCUUGUCUUAUAGCUUCUUUGGUGCAAGAAGGAACGAUGUCACCGGACAACUUGAGCCUGACACAGAUCUAGAGAAAUAUACUGUCGGAAAGGAUCUUUAAUGUAUGCAACAGCAAAAACGCAUGUUUCACCCCUCAUCUGUACUAUCUCCCCCGCAACAAUUGUAUAUUAGCACAUCAUCCGAUAAGAAUAUCACGAUCAUAUUG